AUGCAACAAUUGCGAAUAUUUCUAAUAAUUCUUAGUUUGAUAUUGACGAGUGUCAUCUAUGGACAAUUGGAUCCACAGUUGUGUCCGAAUGGAUCUAUUAUUAACCCUGAUCCUAAUUGGCGAUCUAUUCCAAAUCGAUUUGAAAUUAUGACAGAAUUGAUCUCAGGCAAUGAGAUAAUGGAACUUUCACAAGCAUUUUCAAGUGUUCGAGAUGCUGUAAUGACAAAUUCACUAAUUGGACCAAUACAAUUCUACUGGUAUUUCGACACUAAUGAACAAUUUGAAAUUCUAACUAAGAUUGUUAAUCAACAGCCAGUAUCAGUAUGUUUUCGGCAAGUUAUUGACAUCACAUCAGAAACUAGUGUUAUUCAAGCAGACACAUUUGUUUUGAAACCAUCAGUUUUACUUGGUUAUGAUCAUCGUAAUCAAAUAAAUCCAUCUUGGGGUAAUCAAUACAUUGGUGAUGAAAUUGUACGUGGCAUUCCUACGAAUAAAUUCAAAUCAUGUUUUUAUGUAUCGGAUAUUGGAGCAACUGUCUCUGCAACAUAUUAUGCAUCUGAUGUAACAAAAUUUCAAGCUAAUUUACCAGCAAAUGAAAGUAUUAUACUAAAAAUAGAUGUUCAAAUUAGAGCUGAAAAUGAUCAUCAAGAGACAUAUACAUAUAAUGUAUUUCGUUAUACACCAUAUCCUAGUCGUCAAGAAGAACGUCAGGCAUUAGAAACUCCAGAAGGUGUAUAUUGUGCAAAUCGAAUAUCUACAUUACCUGUGCCACAAGAUAUUCCUGAGAGAGUUAGCUCAAAUUCAGAAGCAUUAAUAAAACAAAUGAAUAGCUCAAUUCUUAGUACACAUGGUCUCUAUGAUACUGAAUUUCAAUUUAGUCGUUUUGAUGUCUGGUAUCCUGAUCCAUUCAGUGGACCAAAUUGGUUACAUUACACUGAAAUACAUGAUUUUGCAACUGGUCUCAGCUAUCAAUAUAAUCAUACAACACGUCAAUGUUCUGUUCGUGAUAUAAACACAAGUUUCAAUGAUGCUGUGAUAGUGGAUGGAAAACCAAAUCUAGUACAAAUGAGUUCUACAGAACAUUUAUUUUUAAUGGAUGAUAUUGCAUAUCAAUAUACUGGUGAAAAACAAUGUCGUGAUCGUGUUCGAUGUCGUGUAUGGAUUGGUGAAAAAUCAUUACCAAAUAAUACAGUUCAACAUCGAGAAUGGUAUUGGGCAUCAAGUAUUAAUGAUGUAUAUUUAGAAGCAUCGUUUCCUGUGAAAAUGGUUUUGAAAACAUAUGUCAAUGAUGUUCCUACAAUUGAAUUUGAAAUAGCCAUUUUCAACUUUCGUCGCCAUCCAAAUACAGUCUUCGAGAUUGAUUACACGAUGGCUGAGUGUUAUCGAGCCAUAGGUCCCGAAGAAAAUUUCAAUCUCGGUGUCAUCUCGUUUACUAUAGCAAAUGAUAAAGAAUAUCCAGUACAUAAGAAUAUAGAUUAUUUGCGAUACACAAUUGGAGAAACGUUGACAACUGUUCUUCAAGUGCGACCCAUUCGAAUUUCUAACAUUCUUGUCGAUCAUAAUGGCAAGGAUCUUCCUGUGACAUUCACACUAUUAGAUUUACCACCUCGCCUAGGACCAGUAGAAUUACCCUUACAAGAACCAUCACUCACUACAGCUAUCGAACGUCUUCGUACGGUGAUAGAUGCAAAUAGCCUGGCAUUUCGGGCAAAAUAUAAUACCACACAAAUUACUUUACGGGCACGGAUCAAUUCUCUUCAAGUCAUCCAUACGAGUUUUAAUCAAAACACUAAUCAAUGUGUUAAUAAAACUCUUGUUCGAAAUCAAAAUCGUGAUGAAUGCCAACCAACAACAACUGUACAAAAUCAAAACAUUGAUAUAGUAUAUAAGAGUUCGGGUCCAUUAAUCACUGGUUUUUGGAUUGGAUUCAUCAUUAUAGGUGUCUUGAUUGGUACAGUCGGUGGUUUUUUUGUUUUGAAACGUUUCUUUGAACGAUGA